AUGUGCGCUAAUGAGGCUGCAGUGAUGGGCACUGAUAGGCUGCACUGAUGGACACUGAUAGGUGGCACUGAUGGGCACUGACCCAGCCAGGGGCGGACUGACAAUUCAUGGGGCCUCCAGGCAAUAGGGGAUCAUGGGGCCCCUGUGUCCUUGCCCAAACUCAAAAAAGCCUAUGAAAAAAGGUACCAGGGGCAACUUAUGGGGCCCCCUACUGACCCCCGGGCCCUCGGGCAGUGCCCGAGUUUCCAAAUGGUCAGUCCGCCCC